GAUCCCUCCGCCAAACCCCACAGAGUGUUAUGGAAUAAUGACUACAUUCCAUUUUCUGGAGUGCCGUUUUUUGUACUUGGUGAAAAGUUGUUAGAAUGCCAUCAUGGAAAAGACAGAACUAUAGGAGCAAAAAGAAAAUAUAAGCAAAAACAGCUGGAUGUUUUUAGUGUAUUUUUUUUACGUUUUGUAUAGAAGGAUGAAUAGAAUGUUUCCUUUUUCACAAGGCCAAACGAAGAUUUAGAAAGGUUAUUUUACCAAAUAUAUGCUCUUCACCGAAUGAGUCAUUAAGUGACCAUGGGUACAACAAGAAAAGGAAUCAACUUGUGCAGAACACUAAGAAGUUAGACUGCCCAGCACAAAUAUGUUUAAACGAGGUCAUGUUCUUCUCAACAUUCAAGGUAAUAAUGAACUAAUAACUAUGUAAUCAACGCCUUUGUGUGUUGGGGACAGAGGAAUUUUCAUAAUAUUGGAAAGAAAAUUUGUGAGUGUUCCCCCCCUUGCCCCACCCCUAAUUUGAAACAUAAAAUGCCUGGUUGAGUGAGCCUUCCUCCCCAUUCCUACUGGCAACACACAACAAAACGUCUAGACACUCAUUAGAAGGGAAAAUGUACCACCCUAAUAAAGUAAGAAUACUCAAAAUCCAAACAAUCAGGAAAAAAUACAAAGUCAAGUCUAAGGCAAGUGACACAAUAGUAUUACUAAAAGCCCAUUACGUUUAAUGAUUGGAAAUGUCUUCUUUUGUUUAAGAUUCCUGGAGAUAGUGAGAGAAAGCGAAAGUCCAGUUCAUCAAGGCUACAAGCUGCAAUUUAA